GGUAUCUAGUUCAGGCUGUUCCCUUCCCUCGCUAACCCUCAAAGCUCCACAACGCUUCGCCUUCACUCGGUCCCGGGGAAGAGAUUGCUUUCUCAUUACUUUUGAUUUUCGGGAGAAGAAGCUGCAGAUUGAUAUCGUGGAAAUGGUCUGUGUAUGCAAUCGGUCUGUCUCUUCGUCUCCAUUUUUCAUUGCUUAUCCCCAAAGGUACUUUCUUCUGGGCUUCUGAUUCAUGAAACUUUGAUGUAAAUUAUCGUCUUUGGAUUUGUGGAUUUUCCGAAAGAGGGGAAUUUUUUUUUUUCUCGUGGGUUGUUUUAUUUUCCUUUGUUUGGGUUGUCCUUGAUAUUCUCCUGGAUGGGGUUGAAGUGUUUGGGACGGUGUUUUCCACCGGUUUUUGGGGGGUUUCGGGAGAUUCUAGGGUUAGGGUUAGAUAUUGUGUUUCUCUAGCGUCUUCAUUCAAAUCUCUUUCUCUCUCUCCCUCUGGUAGAGAUUGAAGAGAUUUUUGACUUAGCGAUUAGGGUUUCUUCGAUCGUUUGGCUUUUGUCGAUGCGGGUUCAUCGGGACAUCGUGGAUUUCGGUUUCUGAUUGUGGAAUCUGGGGGUUUUCCUGGAAGGGAGAGAUCUUGUGGAGAUUUUGAGGAAACCGAUUUCCAAUCCUAUUGACCCCAAAGAAGCAAGAUGGAGAAGGGAAGGUGAAUUGGGAAAUGAAAGGCUCGAUUUUUACCGUUUUAUCAGAGCAGAGUCAUCACCCUUCUACAUUCUUAUCAAUGGAUUCUAGUGCCUCGUCUCACGAGGAACUUGAUCUGGAGAUGAACAAUGGCAACCGGCAAAUCGCCCUUUACCACCCACCUGAUAUCAAUCUGCCAUUGUCAGUAGGAUGCAGCUCCCCGUUGCAAGCAUGGAACUUGGAUUCUUGUGAUAACAUUUUGGAUGUCGGGCUUGGCUCGCAAGCUUACGAGACUGAGACGUUCCUUAGCGUGGUUCCUAAUAAGGUCACAAAGAAAUGUUCCAAGCGAGGCGAUAGUAUUUGGGGUGCUUGGUUUUUCUUCAGCUUCUACUUCAGGCCUGCCUUGAACGACAAAUCAAAGUGCAAGAUCAUGCGUGACGAUAAUGGAGGUUCCUUCACAGGGUUUGAUAAAUCUGACCUCAAGCUUGAUGUUUUUCUUGUACAGCAUGAUAUGGAGAAUAUUUACAUGUGGGUUUUUAAGGAUAGGCCCGAGAAUGCUCUCGGGAAAAUGCAGUUGAGAAGCUACAUGAACGGGCAUUCUCGGCAAGGUGAGCGUCCGUUUCCGUUUAGUGCAGAGAAAGGGUUUGUUCGCUCUCAUCGAAUGCAGAGGAAGCAUUACCGAGGGCUCUCAAAUCCUCAAUGUGUUCAUGGAAUUGAGUUUGUCCCCUCGCCUAAUCUGCUAUGUCUCAGCGAUGAAGAUAAGAAACGAUGGAUGGAGCUUACGGGCCGUGACUUGAGUUUCACGAUCCCACCUGAAGCCGGUGAUUUCAGUUCAUGGAGAAAUCUGCCCAACACUGAAUUCGAGCUCGAGAGGCCAUCAUCAUCAUCUCAUGCCGCAAAAGCUGCAGCAUCUAAUCCCAAUGCGAAAAAGCUGCUGAAUGGCUCGGGCCUACAUUUGACAAGUCACCCAUCUCAUCACAGCAACGGUGACUCAUCAGAUCAAUCAAUGGGAGCCAAUAAGAAGAGGAAAGAGUUCUUGUCGCCAGGAAGCAGCGAAGAAGAGUGUUGCUUGACUGUAAACACGACUCCUCACCAUCCAAGCUGGCAGAACGAAUUCGCGGGCGUGAUGAAGAACACCGUGAAUGGACCUGUAACAGCUGCAAAGACAAUCUACGAAGAUGAAGAAGCGUAUCUGAUAAUCAUAACUCUACCCUUUGUGGAUCUGAACAGCGUGAAGGUGUCGUGGAGGAACAACGUGGAGCGUGGGAUCAUAAAGGUCAUGGCUUUGAGCACAUCAUGUGCACCAUCGGUCAGAAGACGAGAUCGGACGUUCAAGCUGGUGGAUCAGACGGCAGAGCACUGCCUGCCCGGAGAGUUCAUGAGGGAAGUGCGGUUGCCAAGUCGGAUACCGGAAGAUGCGAAUAUAGAAGCGUAUUUCGAUGGGAUGGGACCAGUUCUGGAGAUUAGGGUGCCGAAGUUGAAAGGGGGAGAGGAGGAAGAGCAUGAGGUUAGGGUUUGUAUGCGUCCACACCACCUUGGAACCAAUGAGCUCAUGUUGAACUAAUGACAGAAGUAUUUACCAGUGUUUUGCUUUUUGUUUGUAAUGGGAAAUAAACCAGGCAGUAACAGAGGAUUGGUGCAAAUGCCAAAUCAAAUGCUUAAACUGUGUUCGCUUUCUUUGCAAUGGCUUUCUCUAUUUCUUUUCAGCUCUUGUUGUUGAAAAAAAAAUGGAAUAUUUUUCUUCAAGUCAAUAAAUAAUGGUGCUACUGCUA